CCCCGGCUGUUGGUGGGCUGCAGCUCGCCACACCUCCAGCCUCUGUGCAUGGGGAACACCAUCAGGGCCCUCGUGGCCUUCAUUCCAGCUGACCGCUGCCAGAACUAUGUGGUUGGAGACCUCCGGGAGAUGCCCCUGGACAAGAUGGUGGAUCUGAGUGGGACCCAGCUACGCCGCUUCCCCAUGCACGUGUGCUCCUUCCGGGAGCUGGUCAAGCUCUACCUGAGCGACAACCACCUCAGCAGCCUGCCUCUGGAACUGGGGCAGCUACAGAAUCUGCAGAUCCUGGCCCUGGAUUUCAACAACUUCAAGGCUCUGCCCCAGGUGGUGUGUACUUUGAAAGAGCUCUGCAUACUCUAUCUGGGCAACAACAAACUCUGCGACCUCCCCAAUGAACUGAGCCUGCUCCAGAAUCUUCGGACCCUGUGGGUUGAGGCCAACUGCCUCACCCAGCUGCCAGAUGUGGUCUGCGAGCUCCGUCUCCUUAAGACUCUACAUGCCGGCUCUAAUGCCCUGCGUCUGCUACCAGGUCAGCUCCGGCGCCUUCGGGAGCUGAGGACUAUCUGGCUCUCAGGCAACCUGCUAACCGAGUUUCCCCCUGUGCUGCUUCACAUGCCCUUCCUGGAGGUCAUCGAUGUAGACCGAAACAGCAUCCGCUACUUCCCCAGCUUGGCCCACUUGCCAAGUCUGAAGCUGGUUAUCUACGACCACAACCCUUGCAGGAAUGCACCCAAGGUGGCCAAAGGUGUGCGCCGCGUGGGAAGAUGGGCAGAGGAGACCCCAGAGCCUGACCGCAGAAAAGCCAGGCGCUACGCUCUAGCCGAGGAAAGCCAGGAGGCUCAGGCACUUGCCCUGGCUCCCACACUUGCUCCUACCACCUCCUGAGCUUCGGUAGUAGGUCAAUGCCAAGAACCCAACUCCAGCAGAGUGCAAAAGGUUGUUCUGGAACAUUUGGGGUAUCUCUUCUGUAGGAGCUGAUAAUCAGAUGAAACCUCUAAAUCACACGAAGCAGAAAAAUGUCCUGGCAAACAUCUCUGCCAAAGGGAAGUUGUGUGCUACAGGAAGCCUGCCAACUUCCUUGCUAGAAAACCAGCCUCUCCAAGCAGGUAUUUUGAAACUGAAGAGCCAAGGGCUGGGACACUGUGGAGUCCUCCACUCUCCAAAAGUGGCUGGUUGUGAGGUCCGUGAGCUCCUGAAAUAAGGUAUUUAUAGUACUCACCUAGAGGGACUGUCUCCAAUCUUCUGUAGGAUGUAUUUUCUUACCAUGAGUGACCACAAUAGUGUGAAAAUAUUACUAAUUCAAGCCACUUAAAAGGGCAUUUCCACCUAAUCAGACUCACAAAAAGACCUUGCUUUUCCCCUGUUCAGUGAAGGCUGAAAAGACCCCUGAUGAAGAAUGCCUCUCGCUGGAGGUCAUCUGACCCUUCAAACUUGACAGUGGUUCAUGGGAACUUAGCUCACCUUCCCGAAAAGGUUUGACUCAAGCUCAUAAAGAAGAUAAACUCCAGAAUCAAAUUUAAAGGUGCUGUGAUCCUGCUUUUUUUCUUAAGACCAAGAAAAGAAACAUUUUCUUCCCAAGUUAGAAAAAUAUAUCCACUUAAAAACCACCAACACCAACAAAA